AUGCAGCAAUUCCUAGAAGACGAAAUUGCUGAGGGGGCCGAGAGGACAGCAGCAGACAGCAGGCAGGCAAGACCCAGCAGCAGCAGCAGCAACAGCAACAGCAACAGCAGCAGCAGCAGCAGAAAGGGCCGUGGAGCGCCUUGCUGCUGUGGCCGAGAAGCAGCAAAGAGAUUCCUGUCCCCUCGCCCUUUGCCUGCAGUCACUGCGGGGCUCUUCGAAGGCCACACGGGUGGGCGCGGAGCUUCUUGGCAUUUAUUCCGGGCGACUUCAUCUCAGCGCUUCGCCUACAACUCCAUGCGUUAUCCGCCUGCAGCACCGAAGCAGCAGAUUGCAGCGUCAGCAGCAGCAGCGGCUGCUGCUGCUGCUGAUGCUGCUGCUGCUGCAGAGGCCGCAGCUGGCCCUCCACCGCAGCUGCUGCACUGUGAAGACCUUUUUGAAGAGCGGCUGCGGCUGCUGGGCUUUGAGCGGCCCCGCACUUGUCCAUGUUCCCGCAGGGGGUACUUUAACAGCAGCAGCAGCAGCAGUAGCUGCUGCUGCAGCAGCAGCAGCAGCAAGAAGGAGAGCAGCACUUUUAUCUGCCCUGGAUGUGCUAGCUGCAGCCCUAGGGGAGAAGCCUCCUGCUGCACCACUGCAGCAGGGGGCAGCAGCAGCUGCCUGCCCACCGAGGCUUCCUGGGGUGGGGCUUCUUUGCUGGGAGGGGUUGGGGGGAAUCCAUGUGCUGCUGCUGCUGCUGCUGCUGCUGGCGCUGCUGCUGCUAGCUGCUGCAGCAGCGUCGAUGGCCAACAGCACCCCAGCUCCUCCCGUCCCAGCGAAACAUUUGCUGUUGAGGAGAUGGGCCGCAGCAGCCGCAGCAACAGCAGCAGCAGCAGCAGCUGCAGCCGCAGGACUCAGAGAGACACGCAGACAAUAGAUCUCGCAGUUGCGAAGGCCCUCAUGCGCCUAACUGCUGCUUCUCAAAGAGCAACAGAAAAAGCAAGAGCUGCUGUUGCUGCUGCUGCUGCUGCAAGCAGGGGCUCAUUCGGCGCAGCAGCAGCAACAGCGCAACCGCGGCCCUCCACCGCCUCUGCUGCUGGAAGGAGAGCGCGCAGCCGGAUGGCUUCAGGGCUGGAAGCAGACGCGGUAGCAGCAGCAACAGCAACAGCAGAAUCUCCUGCUGCUGCUGCUGCUGCUGCCUGCGUAGACUCCCGAAGAUGCAGCAGUCGCCGGCCUGUCUCCGCAGGCCCUGCGAGGUGUAUGUCCACCUCAAAUCCAUCAGCAGCAGCAGCAGCAGCAGCAGCGCGGAGAGGAAGCCCUAGCUGCUUUAUCUCGGACCUUCCUCUGUCUCUGCAGGAGCAGCAGCAGCAGCACCUGCGCCGGCAGCAAGUGCUGCAGCAGCUGCGCAGCAGCCUAGACGAAGAUGACCCCCCACUUGAAGUUGUGCUGCAGCUUUGCACGGCCGACUUGGUGGAAGAGCAGCUGCUGCCCUGUUUCAGAGACAUGCGCGUGCUGCUGCGGCUGCUGAUUGGAGCCAACAGAGAGCAGCGGGUGGUGCUGGCUGAGGCCCUUUUGCUGUCGCUGACUUCUGUGGUGUCCGUCCUAGACGUUGAGGUCUCAGCCUAUCAGCGCUACGUCGGAGAUCUGGAGGGGGCCCUGGACAGGUGGCAAGACCGCGAGGUGUCGCUGCAGCGGCUGCUGCUGCAGCUGCAGCAGCAGCAGCGGCUGCUGGAGAGCCACGAGAGGCUGCGAGCAGCAGACCGACAAGUUUACGAAAAAGAAGUGAAGGUUUUGGAGGAAAGAAUUGAAGAGUUGAAGGCAGAGAUCGCCAAACUGAGCCCAGACGAAGCCCUGGUGGCCGACACCCGCGACCGCCACAAGCAGCUGCUGGAGCUGCUGCAGGGCCGCGAGGUGCAGCAUUCAGUGCAGCAGCAGCUGCUGCAGCAGGCGCAGCAGCUGCUGCAGCGAGUUAGCUGCGGCCUGCAGCAGCCCAUGGAGUCGCUGAGAAACAGAGACACGGGAAGGGUUUACGAGACAAAGGAGGGCGAACUCUGCUUCAGGCAAGUGCAGCAGCAGCAGCUGCUGCUGCUGCUGCUGUGGCAGCAGCAGCACAAAUAG